GCUUAUUGUCUCUAUUCUCUCUCUUUACCCUCUUUUCCCCACAUUCAACUCGAAUCUGCAGCAGACGAACUCCUGUUCAUCAGCGGAAUUCAACUUCCGGGUUUUCAUUCUGUUGCCCUAGCGUUUCUUCCAAAUCUCUGGGAUCCAUUUUUUACGAUCUUGUAAUCUGACUAGUCGCACAAUGGGUGAUUUCUCCAUUCAGAUUAGUUCAAACCUUGUUAAUAUGCUAGUUGAUGAUACCGAAAAACCGAAAAGAAAACCAAGGAGAAAUAGAACCAAGGUACCGCAAGAGAGUAAAAAGCCCCAAAUAAAGGUUGAUCAGAAACAUACAUCUCAUGAUUCUGGAAUGCUCAAGGGAAGCACAAGCGACGGAUGGCCGCACCAACACCCUCCGCUCUUCCUUCCUGUAAUUCCUCCCGUGCAUUCUGCCAACGGAGAGCUAGACGCAAUCCGAUCUGUCCUGAAAGAGAGCGAAAGGGUUGUGGAGAGGUUGCAGAAGCAGGAGGAGAACAUGGUGCAGGAAGUCACUCAAAGGGCAAAAGACCUCCAUGACAGGGAAUUCAAGCUCCCUUACCAGAAGCCAAUGCCAUGCUUGGCUGAGAGCACUGCGUGUUUUCAGUGCUACAAAGAUCAUGCCAACGACCUCUUGAAAUGCGCUCGAUUCGUCAAGAAUUUUGCUGAUUGUAACCGCCAAGCUCGGCAGCAAAUGAGCUCGGCCGAGAAGUAGGAUUAGGAUUGUCUGCAAUGAAUCUCAAAGUUCAUAUGCUCAAAAUAUUGUGAUUUGAAGUUGUUACUGAGGAAAAAAAACAAAACAAAAACUGAUUUUGCCAACAGAAAUAACCCAAGACCAAGACAGUUGGGGGUUGCUUUGAGUCAAAGUGUCUAUUGUGUUAACGGUA